AUGGCGCAAGAGAUCACAACCGAGCUGCUACCUGGGCGCGUUGGAAACCUGACCCCUGAGCAAGAGGAGAAGGUGCGAAAGCUCUGGGCUGCCAUCUUCCAGGUGUGCGCAGUCGGCGAACAGGACGAUGCCGCCUCAGUAGAGUCGCCAGCGACCCUGUCAGACAAGACGAACUCCAAAGACAAGGGAGACAAAGGAAAGAAGAAGAAGAUUACGUUGUUCUCCAGGAAAAGCAAGGACAAGACCGACGCGGACUCGAACUCAACCGCGAGUGGUGUGAGCGCCUCGAUCAAAGCCGACGAUGCCGACGACAAGUACGGGCAAAACAAGCAGUUCCUGGAUACACUGGCGACCACGUCGCCCGAGGUCAUCCGCGCCACGCUCUGGGCCAUGAUCAAGCACGACCACCCCGAUGCCCUGGUGCUGCGUUUCCUUCGAGCAAGAAAAUGGGACGUCGACAACGCGCUUGUCAUGCUGGUGUCUACCAUGAACUGGCGCUCCACUGAGGUCCACGUCGACGAUGACAUUAUGAAAAAUGGCGAGGCUGCGAUGGUCGAGAAGUCGCAGUCAAGCGACCCAAAGGCCAAGCAGCUAGGAGAGGACUUCAUGGCGCAAAUCCGCAUGGGCAAGAGCUUCCUCCAUGGUGUCGACGACAAGGGACGCCCGAUAUGUGUUGUAAGGGUACGGCUGCAUCACCAAGGGGAACAGUGUGAGGAGUCUCUUGAGAGGUACACCGUGUACCUAAUCGAAACGGCGCGCAUGGUUUUAUGCCCACCUGUUGAUACCGCCACCAUCUUGUUCGAUAUGACUGGUUUCUCAAUGGCUAAUAUGGACUACACGCCGGUGAAGUUCAUGAUUAAGUGUUUUGAGGCUAAUUAUCCCGAGUCGCUGGGCUCAGUGCUCGUACACAAGUCACCAUGGAUCUUCCAAGGAAUAUGGAAGAUCAUAAAGGGCUGGCUGGAUCCAGUGGUGGCUAGCAAAGUGCAUUUCACCAACAACAUCAAGGACGUCGAGCAGUUUAUCCACUCCAGCCGGGUGCUGAAGGAACUCGACGGGCAGGAGGAUUGGACCUACACAUACGUGGAGCCCACACCUGGUGAAAAUGACAAGAUGAAGGAUGAGACUACGAGAGAUGGCCUGUUGGCCGCCCGUGAGCAACUGUACAAGGACUACGAGGCCGCGACUCUGAAAUGGAUUCAGUACCCCGACGACGCUUCAGUCAAGGUACAGCGAGGCAGCAUCGCGGCGAAGCUCAGGGAUGACUAUUGGAAAUUGGACCCAUACGUGAGGGCGAGGUCGCUCUAUGACCGGACGGGAUGGUUGCAAGGAGAAAAGGUCGACCCGUACCCCAAGAAGGCGAAUGCCGAGUCGGCAACGACGGCGGACGACGUGGAUUAA